AUGGCUUCUCGCGAGCAGUCCGCUCCGGCGGAACGCAUCAGGCGUAUCCGCCAGGCGUGCACCAACUGCCGCCUGAAGAAGACCAAGUGCUCCGGCGACCGGCCGCGAUGCACUCACUGCCAGCGAAACAAUCGCCCCUGCAACUAUGAGCCCUACUCGGCCACCGUCGCGGACCACCACUCCGUGUCCUAUGCGUCCAAUCUCACCAACUCGGAGCUGCUGCAACGAUUACGCACAAUCGAGUCGAAGCUCGCCCAACUGAGCGGCCAGGCCAACGACACAAGGAGCGUCGCGAUCGAGUCAUCUUCCAGUCCGGAAGAGACGGCGCCAUCGCAAAAUUUCUCCGUCGCUGGAACGAAACGGCCCCGACGGGCGACCGUUCCCAAUUUGGAGGAUUCUGCUGUCGAAGACACCAACACCCUAUCAUACAAAACCCUUCCCCCGCAACCCGUCCUACAAUCUCUCAUCGACACCUACUUUGUCUAUGCCCAUAACCAGCCCUAUUCCUACUUCCAAGAAGCCUCCUUUCGAUACAAGCUCGAGCACGGCUUGUUACCCAAGUGCCUGAUCCUAGCCGUCCUCGCCUACGCUCUUCGAUAUUCCGACCACGAAUACUACCAGGGACGAGUGCACGAGGCUUCAGAGGGUUAUGCCAGGGAGGCUUGGUUAUCCGUUCUUCAGGACCACCUGACAGUGGAAGACAUUCCGAAUCUACAUGUUGCGCAGACGACGAAUUUACUGGCCAUUGUGGACUUUACCGCUGGUCGGAUUAGUUCCGGAUGGCUGAAGAUUGGCCUCUCCGUCCGCAUUUCCCAGGACCUACAUCUGAUGAAGCAGCCCGACGAGUGGCUUUCCUACGUGGAGCAGGAGGAGCGACGACGAGUGUUCUGGUCGGUCUACCUACUAGACAAGCUAGUUUCAUGUGGCAGAGCUCGUCCGCCAGCGAUUUCAGACGAAGAUUGCCAUGUCCAAUUGCCAUGCGAUGAGCAGACCUUCCGAGAGGGAGGCCGGGUAAGGACGCCCACUCUCAGCCAGCUGCUCAACUGGAAUACUGAAAUCUGCGCCAUCCCCGGUAAUUUUACGCUUACCAUCCUGGCAGCGUCCAUCUUGGGCCGCUGCGCGCGGUACGUCCUCCACGAACGCAACGUCGACGAGAUCCCGCCGUGGGACUCGCGAUCCGAGUUUGCGACCAUUAAUUCGUCCCUCCUGCUCGUCGAGUCAUAUUCGCAGAUCGGCCGCCGGUCCAUCGGCGAGAUGAUCAGCGAGAAUCUAACGCCGGACGGCAGUAUCGAUCACCAGUCCCUAGGCCAUCUGAUCUUUGCCUAUGUGGUCUUCCAUCUCUGUCAUUGCAUGCUGAACCACCCCUUCCUGCUGCGGAUGCGUCUGAAGCGACUCGGCUCAAAGAUGCCGACGAGUUUCUCGUCGCGUGCCUUCCAGAUCAGCUGCGAGCACGCUACGAAACUGUCGAAUCUGCUCGAGGAGGCGAUGCAGUCGGGCUGCCACGUCAAGGCGUCCUUUUAUGCCUACGCUACUACCAUCGCGGGGGGCGUUCACUCAUUGAACUUUCACGCGGAACGGGCUAGAGGUGGACAGGGCUCCGCCGGAAUCUUGAAACACUUCCAACAGAGCCUCAACAUCCUGGAGAGGAUGUCCGGUAAUUGGGAUCACGCGUCCAAUAUGAAUCUCCGGCUGCGAGAAUUCCACUCGCAGUGCCACAAAUUCGCCCGUCUGAUGGACCCUUAUUAUGUCAUGCACGAUCUGGACCCCACCACGGAGGAGAUCCUCUGGUCGAUGGUAGACUACGGCACCAUGUGCUCUAACGUCAAGGCCACCAAGCUGGCCAUGGCCGGUUCGGCCGUUCCGGACCCGCCGUUCUCGUCCCUGGGCCUGAAUUUUGGACUGGCCGGAGAAACGCAAACGCCGACGAAUCUGAUGGUGCCAGAAAACGACAUCUUUCCGACGAUGAUGUCCGGAGUCGGAGGUGUCGGCCUGCAUGAGGUCGACUAUCUGAUGGACAUGGCAUCGAGCGGGAAGACGCUAUAG